AUGAAAUGUUUAGGGAUUAUCGGAGAAAAUAAUGAUUUGGUUAAGAAUACAGAUUGUCGUAAUGCAAGAACAUGGCCUUUCCUAUCCAGCUCAAUUUGGAAUACACCCAUUGGUAGUAAUGCAAGAUUUCAUGAUCCAGGCAUCUUUCGUUCACCAUUUCCAUUACCAAAUAGUUUCUUUUCUGAUGAUGAUUAUUUUAUUGUUACUAAUAGUAAUGAUCCACUAACACCAUGGUUUAAUCAAGGUUGGUGGGGCAAUCCAGGAGGUAANGGAGUAUUGAGAGUUACAGAGUGA